UAAAAUUUGUUUUUCUUUAGUUUUCCUCGAAUUGUGUAGACACUGAAUGUCAUUUUUCUGACUUGACUUUUUUAUUCAAGAGAAAAACACGGAAAAAUUCGUGUUCCUUUGAGAAAUAAAUCGCAAAAAGCUAAAUAUUAUUCAGAGGGAACUAAACCCGUGCUGUUGGCCGUAUAAAGAGACAAUUUUGUUCAACUUUCUCUGUAAAAAAAAGCAUAGAAAAGCAACAUGCCUACCGUUCGUUUGGAGUCCUCUGAUAAAGAAAUCUUUACCAUUAACCUGGAGGUCAUCAAGUGCUCGGAUACAAUCCGCACGGCUCUCAAGGAUCUGGGCGAUUUGGACGACUGUGGCGUUUUUCCGCUGCCAAACGUCAGCUCGAUGAUUCUAAGGAUGGUGCUUAACUGGGCCACUUAUCACAAGGACGAUCCAAUAGUGCUCGAGGAGGACGAUAGCAAGGAAAAGUGCUCCGACGAUCUGUGCCCGUGGGACGUCCAGUUCCUCAACGUCGACCAAGGCACUCUCUUCGAGCUGAUCCUGGCUGCUAACUACCUGAACAUCCAGGGACUACUCACUGCCACCUGCAAGACAGUGGCCAAUAUGAUAAAGGGCAAGACUCCGGACGAAAUUCGCGCUACAUUCGCUAUAGAAAAGGAGUGAAUAUACUUUGAUUUCUGAAAUAAAUAAAUUAAUUCUCAA